GGAUUCGGGAUAGUGAUGCCAACAGCUUUGCCUCCAAUAAAUCAUCCACCAACGAUAACGUACGAAUAUAGAUUUGAAGAUGUGUGUGCAUGUGAGCAUGAUAGGGUGCGCCCAUUUUUCAAACUGCUGCACAUGCAUCGAAGCUGAUCCGGACCGGCCAUAUAUGUGCUAGUACAGUUGUGGCAAGUCGACUCCAGUCGCCCGUGUGUACAGUCGAAGCGAAUUCCAUAUGGCAUCAGAGCAGACGCCAUUACAUCAGGAAGCACAAUACAACGGCUUUUUGUUACGCAUCCUUGUAUUUAAAGGGUGCAACCCCAAUUUCGCUAUAAAACAACGCAUCUUAAACACCACACCUCGGCGAAAACCAAUAUGACCGCGCUUAACUUCAGCAAACUCAGUUUCUGUAUUCUACUCCUGUCAAUCGCCUUUGCACAGAUCCUAGUGGUCAGUGCUGCAGAGAACGUGGAUUCUGACGAUACGAGUGAAGUUUAUGUUGCCUUUGCGCAGAUCCUAGCGGUCGGUGCUGCAGAGGCCGACACGGUGGAUUCUGGCGAUGAGGAUAGUAUUGGCAGGUGCAACCCCCAAUCUCACUGUAAAACAACGCAUCUUAAACACCACCGUGACACCUCGGCGAAAAUCAACAUGACCGUGCUUAACUUCAGCAAACUCAGUUUCUGUAUUCUACUCCUGUCAAUUGCCUUUGCACAGAUCCUAGUGGUCAGUGCUGCUGAGAACGUGGAUUCUGACGAUGGGGAUACUGUUCAUCGUGAGUGGGUCCUGGCGAUGAUGUGGAGCAGGACUGAUGAGCUUCUAGCGUGGUAUCCUUAUUGA